AUGAGUUGUCAAAUACCUUUUCAAUCGUCCAGCAAAGCAGAAAAGUGUCGUCGUCGCCGUCGCUGCGUUUCCAUAUCAAACGGUCCUUCUUUCUUGCGUUCGUCGUUCGCUGCAGCAAUCAUCGGGUUUUAGUGUAAUACGUGUUGUUUGCUUCGAGAACCAUCCGACCAGACAAAAACAUUACCCUUUUUCCGUUGGUUCCGGUUUAAACGGUAUAGCUAAAAGUCAUCGGCCUCACGGCGACAUUCGAGGAAUACGGCCUACUCGAACGAGAAAAUAAGACUUUGCUGAACCAGUUGCAGCACAAAACGGCCUUCCGGUUGGCACAAUUUGCGUUUUUAUUUUCGAUUUGCACGCUUUAGCAUCCCCCCAAGACUAACCGACAAUGGCCCCUCAGCAAAGAAUCCGCAUGGCCAACGAGAAGGCCAGCCGAAACAUCACACAGCGCGGUAACGUGCCCAAGUCGACGAAAACGGUCGAGGAAAAGUACCCGGUAGGACCGUGGCUGCUAGCGUUGUUCAUCUUUGUCGUGUGUGGAUCAGCUAUUUUCCAAAUCAUCCAAUCGAUUCGCAUUGCGUAAUCGAAAGGUGAUGGUGACGAGAGCGGUACGGAACUUCAUUCUGAUAAAGAUGUCCCUCUUCAAUCCAGACAAAAUAUCCACUCACACACACAUACACACUCAUACCAUUGAGAUGAUUCUGAAGCAAGAAUAAUUCGUCAACGUCCGAGAAAUUGUUUUCUCCACUUUUUUCUAUAUUUCUCUUUAUUCAAGGGUCUCUUACAGUCUUACUAUUGUUGAGGGCCUUUGUGUGAGCCCCAGUCGGGGUUGCCUGUAACUCUAGCUGUAUACUGUACUUUACUGUGUAUCAAAACAACUGAAUGAGAAAUUCCAUACCUACAUUGGACGCAUUUACUGCUACAAUACACACAAAGUUGGACAACAAGUUUAUCGCAUUCUUUGGAUUUUUAAACCUCAUAAAUGCAACAAUGUAGAUUGUAUAUUUAAUUGGACACGUUUUUUGCAAAUAAAGAUAGAUUUUUUUCAGUUCGUUA